GUUUACGUUGUCUCAAAGUCGCACAUUUUUCGUGAAUAUUUUCAACACAGAAAUAUCACAGGAAAUUUGUUCAAAAUCUGUAAAAAUCCAAUAAAAUGGGCAAACGAAAGGAUAAGCAACGGGAUUCAUUGCAAAUUGCUGAAAAUACUGAAGUAUCUUCAAAACAAGCCGAAUCCACUGAUCCAGAACCAGUCCCUACGAAAAAGUCCAAAAAGAGCGCCGCCGAAGCCCCCACAAUUGCCGCCGGAACCACGAUCGACCAGGCCCUGGCGGUGAUCCCGAAGCUCAAGCUGAACAAAAAGACCAAACGUGCUAAAAAGCGCGAAAAACACGCCAAAAAUCAGGAAGCAAAGCAGGAAAAGUCCAAGGACCGCGACCGGCAGGAAGUGCAGCAGUAUCUGGAAGCGUGGCGGGACGACCGGGAAAAGUGGAAGUUCCAGAAGCUCAAGCAAAUUUACAUCCAGGAAAAUGUGUUUGACGAGACGAGACUCGGGACGGAAGUGUGGCCGAUUGCGCUGGAAUAUCUCUCCGGGACGAAAGGGUCGGGGAAGGAAGCGUUGGUGAAGCAGGCUCAAACGGUUAUACGGGAGAUUGAUCAGCAGGCUAAGGACGGCGAGGACCAGGAAGGAAGCCGGUACCAGAGGGCGCGAGAAUUGCUGCAAUAUUUGGGGUAGGAGGGAACUUGGAAGGGUUAAUAAAACUUUGUUAAAUUAAACAAAAACAAAUCUUUAA